AUGGCGGCCGGGCCGCGACGCGCGCUACAAGAAGACCGAGAUCUGCCAGACGUGCUGCAAGCUCAAGAACGUCUGCCAGGUGUGCAUGUUGGAUCUCGAGUGUGCAUGUUGGACCUGGAGUACGGGCUGCCAGUGCAGGUGCGCGACACGGCGCUCAACAUCAACACCACGGACGCCAUCCCGCAGAGCGACGUGAACCGCGAGUACUUCGCGGAGGAGCACGACAGGAAGGGUCGCGCAGGGUUGGAUUACGAGUCAUCCUUUGGCAAGGCCGCGCCGAACGACCUGCUUUUGAAGCUGCAGCGCACGACGCCCUACUACAAGCGCAACCGCGCGCACAUCUGCUCGUUCUUCGUGCGCGGGGAGUGCACGCGCGGGGCGGAGUGCCCCUACCGCCACGAGAUGCCCAUCACGGGGGAGCUUGCGCACCAGAACUUCAAAGACCGUUAUUAUGGCGUGAACGAUCCAGUGGCAAAGAAGAUGAUGCGGCUGGCAGCGGAGAUGCCGUCACUGGAAGCACCAGAGGAUACAACUAUCAAGACGCUGUUUGUUGGUGGGGUUGACUCGCGCGUCACAGAGGCCGAUCUCAAGGACAAGUUUUAUGCAUACGGAGAGGUCGAGUCCAUCCGUCUCAUCACCCCGCGCAGCUGUGCCUUCAUCACCUUCUCCUCGCGCGAGGAGGCAGAGAAGGCCGCUGAGGGCCUGGCCAACAAGCUCAUCAUUAAAGGGAUUCGGCUCAAGCUAGACUGGGGGCGGCCCAAAGCAGAGGCUUUGGAAGGAGGGGGAGACGGAGGAGGGAAGCGGUUGCUGGAAGGGGGGGAGAAGGGAUCAGGGGGAGCGGGGGGAGCGGGUGAGGGGGAUGGGGGAGGGGGAGGAGAGGGGGGAGACGGAGGGGGGUCUGGUGGUGCGGCUGGGGGGAGUGGUGCGGGAGAGGGUCCGGCUGGUGGCAGCUUCGGGUUGCUGCCUCGGGCUGCUGCAGGUUCGGCGGUAGGUCCGGCGACGUCUGCUUCUAUGUAUCCGUCCAUGAACCCUGAGAGGAUGGGGGCACGCACUCGCAACAGGGAAGGGGAAGGAGGAGGGGGAGGGGGAGGGGGAGGGGGAGGAGGGGGAGGAGGAGGGGGAGUGGUAGGGGGAGGUGGUGGUGCUGCUGCUGGCAGUGGUGAUGCUUCUGCCGCUCCACCGUUCCAAUACCCACCUCAUGCCUACCCUCCUCCUGGCCAUGCUCCCUAUCCCACUGCCGCCCCUCCCCAGCUGUACCAGCCUGCACCAGGUAUGCCUCCCCCAGGUGGCCCUUCUUUUCACCCAGGGGCCUAUCAGCAGCAGCAAGGGGGGUACCCGGGAUCAUACCCUCCUCCUCCCAUGGGUUACCAGCAGCAACAGUACUAUCAGCAGCAGCCGCAGCAACAGCAGCAAUAUCAGCAACAUCCAUACAUGCCCCCCCCCUCUCAGUAUCCACCACAGCAGGGUCCCCCACAACAGUACCCAGGUGGCCCAUCAGGUGCCCCACAACAGUACCCAGGUGGCCCACAACAGUAUUCAGGUGCCCCACCAGGUGCUCAGCAACAGUACCCAGGUGGGCCUCCAGGUGGCCAGCAACAGUACCCAGGUUUCCCUUCAGGUUCACAGCAGCAGCAGUAUUCCGGACCUCCACCCCAACCCUACCCUCCCCAACAGUAUCCUGGGCCUGGGCCAGCAGGUCCGGGGCAAUAUGCCCCCCCAAGGCCUGGCACCGGACCUCAAGGCUAG